CGUGCCUUUAAUUUUGCAGUCAGACUGGUUCGAUUAAACAUUAAACGGCACCUCCCUGUUUUCUUUCAUUCAGUGCUGUGACAUUAAAGAGAUCAUCUGCCACCGAGACGAACACCGCCGACACAAAAUGGCCUUUUUUCAAAAUCAAGGGGACGGUCAACAAGACCCACUCGCUGGCUUCUUCCAAGGCCCCGCGACAGGGGGGCAGGACUGCUCUGGGGGUGGCGACGGGGGCCAUGGGCCUGGAGGCAGGAAGGAUAAAGAUGAUCACCAUGGAAGAGACGAUUUCCAGAGAAGAGAAGAUCGCCAUGGAGGUGAUCACGAUGACCACCAGAGACGAAGCAGUCCUGAUCGCGACCGUGGUCAGCGCAGGAGCGGGCACAGCCCUGACCGAGACCAUCGCCAGCGCAGGAGCAGCCACAGCCACAGCCCUGACCGAGACCAUCACCAGCGCAGGAGCAGCCCCAGCCCUGACCGAGACCAUCGCCAGCGCAGGAGCAGCCACAGCCCUGACCGAAACCAGGAUCAGUGCAGGGACAGAGGCAGCCCUGAUCGCCAUGGCCGUGACCGUGACCACAGCCCUCAUCGUAGCGGAAGCCAUGACCGUGACCACAGCCCUCAUCGUAGCGGAAGCCGCGGCCGUGACCACAGUGGUGGCAGCCAUGGAAGCUGCGGCAGUGGCAGUGGCAGCGGCAGCGAUGACGGGCACGGCAGUCGUCGCAAAAAAGGCGGGCGCAAGCAUGGCCAUGGCCAAGGGCGUGGUUGUGGACGUGGACGAGGACGCCGCUAGAGAGGUGAAUACAGGCUGCAGAUUCACUGACGACCACGCCUUGUGUGACACUCGACCUGCCGUCCAGCCAUGAAAACAUUUAACUCUGCAUUUGCUCUUAUAUGAAAU